AUGUCAUUCGAGCAGCCUCUCCCUCUACAGUUCAAGGGCUCAAGACCUCAUGGAUCCACUCCAUUAGCUUUGCCGCCCAAAGUCACCAUCGAAGAUUUUAAUUCAUUUAUCCAAAGCAUAACUGAAUUUCUUGGUGCUGAUAAUGUCGAGGUCAUCUCCACCAAGGAGCAAAUCGACGACGGAACGUACAUGAAGCCAACAUACACACAUGAUCCACAUCAUGUAAUGGAACAGGAUUAUUUUCUUGCCUCCGCCAUUGCAGCACCUCGCAAUGUGGCAGACGUACAGGCCAUCGUGAAACUAGCAAACGACCUAUCAUUCCCCCUCUGGCCUAUCUCAAUCGGGAGAAAUUCCGGAUACGGUGGUGCUGCACCGCGUGUUCGCGGCAGCCUGGUUCUUAACAUGGGCAAAAACAUGAACAAGAUUCUCGAAGUCAACGUUGAAGGCGCAUAUUGCCUCGUUGAGCCUGGUGUCACAUACAAGGACAUGUAUGACUACCUAGUCGAGCACAAUCUCCAGGAUAAACUUUGGCUUGAUGUUCCCGAUCUAGGUGGCGGGUCCAUCCUCGGCAACACUCUGGAGCGUGGAGUGGGCUAUACGCCUUAUGGAGACCACUGGAUGAUGCACUCCGGAAUGGAAGUAAUCCUACCCACCGGCGAGCUCCUUCGGACUGGCAUGGGUGCCCUUCCAGACCCCAGACGUCCUGAGACAAUGGGACUCAAGCCAGAGGACCAACCAUGGAACAAAACAGCCCAACUUUUCCCCUAUGGCUUCGGCCCAUAUAUUGAUGGCAUCUUCACGCAGUCAAACCUAGGAAUCGUGACCAAGCUAGGCAUGUGGCUAAUGCCCAAUCCCGGUGGAUAUCAGUCUUAUCUAGUUACAAUCCCCCGAGAGGAAGACUUAAAACAGGCGGUUGAUAUCAUUCGUCCACUUCGCCUCACUAUGGCACUUCAAAACGUGCCUACAAUCCGUCACAUUCUUUUAGACGCUGCAGUUAUGGCUCCCAAAACAGCGUAUUCGUCUAAAACAGAGCCACUUUCAGGGGAGGAGCUGGAUGAAAUUGCGAAGAAGCUUAACCUUGGACGAUGGAAUUUCUACGGUGCACUUUACGGACCCGAACCGGUUCGUAACGCUCUCUGUGGCGUAAUCAAGGAUGCAUUCUCAGCGAUUCCGGGAGCCAGGUUCUUCUUCCCAGAAGAUACUCCUAAGGACUCGGUCCUUCGUAUCCGCCACAAAACCAUGCAAGGUAUUCCGACCUAUGAUGAAUUGAAGUGGAUCGAUUGGCUACCUAACGGUGCUCAUCUCUUCUUCUCUCCAAUUGCCAAGGUUGCCGGUGAGGAUGCAAUGCUGCAAUAUGCAGUCACUAAAAAGAGAUGCAACGAAGCUGGGUUGGACUUUAUUGGCACAUUCACCAUAGGCAUGAGAGAGAUGCACCAUAUUGUAUGCAUCGUCUUCAACAAGAAGGAUCCCGAGCAGAAAAAGAAGGCACAUUGGCUAAUCAAGACGCUCAUUGACGACUGCGCAGCUAACGGAUGGGGAGAGUACCGCACACACUUGGCCGUCAUGGACCAGAUAAUGGGCACCUACAACUGGAAUAAGAGCAUUUUCUUGAAGUUUAAUGAGGUUAUCAAAAAUGCAGUGGAUCCUAACGGCAUCAUCGCUCCAGGAAAGUCCGGGAUCUGGCCGCGGCAGUACAACAAAGAUGAAUGGGUACUACGGUAG